AUGCUUUUUGCCCGACUUUCUACCGUGGUUACUAUCGCUCUUGGUACCUCUCUGUCUAACGCGGCUCUGACGAAGCGCGUGACUUGCGCGACUGGCCAGGUUACUGCACACGCUGCUUGCUGUGCUCUCUUCCCUGUUGUUGACCUCCUCCAGGAUCAACUAUUCGACGGUGCCGAGUGUGGCGAGGAGGCCCAUUCUGCCCUCCGUCUCGCAUUCCACGAUGCCAUUGGGUUCUCUAUCCACGGCGGCAAGGGUGGAGGUGCUGACGGCUCCAUCUUGGCCUUCAACAGCACUGAGCUUCAAUUUCACGCGAACGGCGGCAUCGACGAGAUUAUCGAGGGUCAAUUCCCUGUCUUCCAACAGACAAAACUGAGCGCCGGCGACUUCGUUCACCUUGCUGCCGCUGUAGGCACUGCCAAUUGCCCAGGUGCCCCCCGCCUUCAGUUCAUGCUUGGUCGUCCGCCCCCCAGGGUUGCUGCACCAGACCUCACUGUUCCUGAACCUACCGACGACGUUACUACUAUACUGGCUCGUUUCGCUGAUGCAGGCUUCUCUCCUCGCGAGGCUGUCGCUCUCCUAUCCUCGCAUACCGUCGCUGCUGCUGACGUUGUCGAUGUUACCAUCCCCGGAACGCCCUUCGACUCGACUCCGUUCACUUUCGACACGCAGAUCUUCUUGGAAGUUCUCCUCAAAGGCAGUCUCUUCCCCGGUAACGGCUCUCAACCUGGAGAAGUCCUCUCUCCUCUCGCUGGGGAGAUGCGCCUCCAAUCCGAUUUCGUCAUCUCUCAGGACCCACGCACUGCCUGCUUCUGGCAGGCUUUGGUUGCCAAUGAGAAUCGUAUGGUCAGGGAGUUCAAGGACGCGAUGGCGAAGCUGCAAGUUCUUGGGCAAGACACUCGCCGCCUGAUCGACUGUUCCGACGUCGUUCCUCAGCCUCCGCAGCUCAAGACCGCGAUCACGUUCCCGGCUUCUUUCUCUCAGGAAGAUGUUCAGAUCGCUUGCCCCCAGCUCCCCUUCCCUAGUAUUGCGACGGUCGCCGGUCCCGCCCCUACAGUCCCCCCUGUUCUUGGAUCGUAA